UCGACUCGGGUCCAACUCGGCCACGUUCGGAGGAAAAGUGGGCGUGCUCGUAUGUGGUGAGUCUCAGCUUCGCCGUACAAUCGGAUGAUCGUGAGUGGGCGGAGCCAAGUAUGAGGAAACGGUACACUGACUGCUCCCAAGAAAACCGGCGACGAGCAUCCUCACCCGGCAGUUUCAUCCUCCAUCCAUCCUCGUCAUCACUUCUGCUGCCGUCGAAGCGCAGCCGUCAUUUUAACUCUCACGCUUUAACAAUUAAAACAACUCCGCGUCUUACAAACAGUGUAACACUUGUGUACAGCGCUUUCUAGAAGAGUCAGUGACUGAAGGGCUCGCAGAUUAACGUGUCGGCUAAGCGGCUGCUGCUGCUGCAGGAUGGAGACGCAGAUACAUGUGCCCGUGGGCUCGCCGGUCAUUCGAAAAAUCUCCGUUUUCGUGGACGAACACAACGUAGCCGAGGGAGCAAUGCAGCUCAUUAAAGAGCUGAGACCGACGUGGGAGCCCAGCCUCGUCAGGACCAAGCUCUUCACUGAUGGAACCACCAACAAGCUGGUGGGCUGCUACACAGAGGACAGUCCAGAGGAUGUAGUGCUGGUGCGAGUGUACGGAAACAAGACAGAGCUGAUUGUGGACAGAGACAAUGAGCUCAAGAGCUUUCAGGUGCUCCAUGCAAAUGGCUGCGCGCCUCGCCUCUACUGCAGCUUUCAGAACGGCAUAUGCUAUGAGUUCAUUCAAGGAGAGGCUCUGGGGACACAGGACGUCAGGGAUCCUUCCCUGCGCAGCCUGAUAGCCAGGGAAAUGGCUCGUAUCCAUGCCAUCCAUGCGCACAAUGGCUGCAUCCCCAAACCCAACCUCUGGAUCAAGAUGAGGAAAUACUUCUCUCUUGUGGCCACAGAGUUCACAGAGCAAGCCUCCAACAUCAGGAUCCAGCAGGAGGUUCCCAGCAAGGCGGUGCUGGAGCAGGAGAUGGUGUGGAUGAAGGAGCAUCUCUCUACGCUGGGUUCCCCUGUGGUUCUCUGUCACAAUGACCUGCUCUGCAAAAACAUCAUCCACAACAGUAAAGAGGGUCACGUUCGGUUCAUCGACUACGAAUACUCCAGCUACAACUACCAGGCCUUUGACAUCGGCAACCACUUCAAUGAAUUUGCAGGUAUGAGUGAGCCGGACUAUGGGCUUUACCCCAGUCAAGAGAUGCAAAUGGAGUGGCUCACCAUUUACCUGCAGGCAUACAAACUCUUCACCAAGAAGACAGAGGAGGUCAGCCCAGCUGAGCUGGAGACGCUCUAUGUACAGGUCAACAAGUUUGCUCUGGCUUCUCACUUCUUCUGGGGCUUUUGGGCACUCAUCCAGGCUAAAUACUCCUCCAUCGACUUUGACUUCCUUGGGUACGCUGUGCUUCGUUUCAACCAGUACUUUAAGACCAAACCUGCGGUGAUGGCCAUGCAGAUCCCAGAAUGAGCACAGGCAGGACGACAGGAUGAGGUGAGAGGACAAACUGGAUGGAGGCUGUAGCAGAUUUACAUGAAGGGACUUUCUCUCCACUGUGGGAACUGUUGUGUGUGAGCAGUCUUCAGUGCGCGUGUCAACCAACACUGUCAUCUUUGAAUCCUGCAGACUUUGCUCCACAUCUGUCACAACUCGAGCUCAAGAUAUAUACAACUUCCAUGAGUGGUCUGUGUGUAUGCCGGUGUAUGCUUGUGUACAUUUCUAGUUUAUCUGGAUAACCCUGGGUGGUGCAGGGUUGUCCCUCUGCAGCUGAGCCAGCUGUAAUCCCAGUUUAGGUUCAGGAUCACUGAUUAAAACCUGCUUUAUCGUCAAACUGACGCCUAAAUAUUCCACAGCGCUGGUAAUGAAGGUCAAAAUAGGGAUGAGACUUGUAGGAGGUGACGGAUAAUUUGCUUUGUUUCAUCUUGAGCUCAAUGCCACAGACUCAUUUAAACUCCAGAGUUCACUUGGAUUCCUCCCCAUUUUGGAUAAAGUGUGCAGCCAGGUCACCUCUGUCUGAACAGAUCCGCCCACUUAUUCCUCCAUUUUUGGUGUCGAGUGCUUGCAGCUGCCAUAUGUCGUCCUCUGUCCUCACAUUGAUGCACUUUGAGCCUCUGUUAGAUUCUUCUCUAACUAUUCCCAGAAAACUGCUGCUGCUGCUAAAAUAUAAAGUGUAAAUACCUUUUUCUAUAUGCUUUUAUUCUGAAAGGACCUAUUACUUGACAGUGUGUGUGGAGCAGCACAUGAAAAUGCUCUUUGAAGGACUGGGUGUAGGUUGAAUCACGAGUCGUGGAGAUGCAAACAUAUGCAGUGAAAUGUGUAAUCUUCUCCAUUUGUCACACGUCCACUUCCUGUUUCAAAGUAAAACCACUCUUUUCCGACUUAUUGUGAAAUAUAUUCAUGGUAUUUAGUAGAGUAUUGAGGAGUAUUGUUUUGUGAUGGUGAGCAGGAGAAUGACAGACAUGAGUGAGCACUGCUGCCGUCACUCAGUGUGAGUCCAGCCUUAAUCAUGUCAAUCCACACCAAAAUAACAUGAAUCAAACAAAUAUGAUCCCCCACCAGUGUGAAUAUGAGGCGACAUGCUCCUGUGUGUAGACUCUAGGUCAAAAGUACUUUUAAUUGAUUGUAUUCAUCAAUUAUUUGAAGUUUAAUGACAAAAAAACCAUUUAUUGUUUAAUUGCAUAAUUUAAUGAUCUCUCAUUAUCAACCUGGACUACCUUUCCUGGGGAGUACUGUUGCAAAUGUAAACAACGGUUGAUAGAACAAGCAUAUUUCAAACAUGACUUUCAUUGUACUAAAACAGUUUGUUUUUUUUAUAAAACUUUACUUAUGAUUGAUCACUUAUCACAUUCUUGUUGACUAAAAACUCAAAUUAAGAAAAUCUUUGAAGAGCAAGCUCAUGCUAUCAUCUUUAAAAAUGAAAUUCUAAUGAAAACAAAGUAGGGCUGCAAUGAUUCAUGGGUAAUUAGUCAGUUUAUUUUGAACAUGCACACAAUAGAUAUAAUACAUAAAUGAAAUAACACAAAAGUGGAUAAUCAAAGACAACCUGAGAAAGGAAACAUUUUAUUUGCAUAUUAGAAAUGAAAGGGGAGGGAUUAAAUAAAUCCCACCCCUUUCUCUACAAAGUAUUAUCAGCAAUUAUUGAUCUCCCUCUUCCUCUUACAUUACUCUUUUCUUGUUUCCAUAAAAGCAAACCAUGGCAACUGUUGAGCGAGACUUAAACCUCCUCCUAUAAGUCAUGACAUUGGCAGCAUGUGUUCUUCUUUUAUGCAUAAUGGCCUACAAUGAAAUGUCACGUAUGGCUUGUGAAGGCUGCAGGUACUUGGACACCGACACGUCUCACAUAUUCCACCAUCACUGAUCUGAUGUUUAGACUGGACUCACUCCGGGCUCCACCCAAACACACUGACCAUGCAGGGGGCGACACUGAGCUCUGGUUGAAUCAUUCCACAGGUGAGCUGCAGAGUUAGACUCGUCUGUGUUGUUUCUCUCAGGACGGUUACCCCCGUGUGCUUAUUAUGGGGCAAAACCUGUUUGUGAAUAAUCCAGAGACUGAUAGAGGAGUAAACGGAGGACACUAACCUCGUCUGUUGGCACAGUUCAGGAGGUUAUUUCUUCAGUGUAAACCAGCCAUUCCAAAAAUGUACACAUUUUCAUUCUGAAAAACAAAACAAAACUGUAAAGCAGUGAAAAAAAAUGGUGUCAGAGCUAUAAAUAAUUAUAUAUACAUGUACUGUGUAUAUAUAUAUAUAUGUGUGUGUGUGUGUGUGUGUGUGUGUGUGUUAUUAACCAUUCAGCCAAACAUGAAGGAUUGUAGUAAUUGAAUUUUUUUUGUCAGUGAAUAACAUUAGGUUUAAAAAUCUGCAGGUCGUAAGACUAGCUCAGUGUCCAUGUGUCCUUUAAUAUCACACACAAACACAAACACAACAUAUUACAUAUGUCACACUUACCCGCUGCUAAACAUGUGCUGGUUAGACUACAGUGAUAUUAUUUAUCGAUACAGAUUAUAAGGAUUGUGGUGACGAGGUCAAUGAUUGGA